AAGGCCAGCGUCUGAAAGGGUCGUCGUGUUCCGUUGGCAUCGAUGAUUCGGUAGUCGGUUACUCGCAUUUCCGUAAAGAAACUCAUUUUUCGUUGAGGUCCGGUGCGACGGCAGGAGGAUCGUAAAUAACUCAACAAAAUGGGAAAAGAUGAUCCGGAAACAGCUGCGUUGAAAAAAGAGCUCGAAGAUCUGAUCAACAAGUGCAAGGAGGACCAAAAGAAACAACAGGACGCCAACAUCGAAGAGGCUUGUGGGAGCGUCGGUGCUGCGCCGAAAGUUAAAUUAGCCACGAAAAAGUUGCUGAAGGGCCACAUAAACAAAGUUAAUUCUGUGCACUUCAGCGGGGACAGCAGGCAUUGUGUGACAGGCUCACUCGACGGAAAGUUGAUAAUUUGGGACUCGUGGACCGGCAACAAGGUGCAGGUAAUUCCAUUGCGCUCGGCCUGGGUAAUGUCCGUGGCUUUUGCGCCUUCCGGUAACUUCGUAGCGUGCGGUGGUAUGGAUAACAUGUGCACGGUUUACGACGUCAAUAACCGAGACUCUACCGGAUCCGCGAAAAUAGUUCGAGAGCUGCUGGGCUACGAGGGCUUCUUGUCGUCGUGCAGAUUCUUCGAUGACAAAACGCUCAUCACAGGCUCCGGUGACAUGAAAAUAUGCAUGUGGGAUCUUGAGGCGGGCAAGAAGACGACAGAUUUUGCAGCCCACGCUGGUGACGUUGUCAGUAUCAGUCUCGCCCCUGAUAGCAACACUUACAUUACCGGAUCGGUGGAUCGUACUUGCAAGCUGUGGGACGUGAGGGAGGAGAAAGCCAAACAGACUUUCUUCGGCCACGAAGCUGACGUCAAUUCGGUUUGUUAUCAUCCUUCGGGUCAAGCAUUCGUAACGGCGUCGGAGGAUAAGACAGCGCGUCUCUGGGACUUGAGGUCGGACCAACAAUUGGCGCAGUUCAAACCUCCGAGUUCGAAUCCCGGUUUCACGUCGUGCGGCUUGUCCCUCAGUGGAAGAUUCAUUUUUUGUGCUAGCGAUGACAACGCCAUUCACAUAUGGGACACCCUGAAAGUUCAAUACAAUGGGACCCUUUCAGGGCACGAAAAUCGUGUGACGUCAUUGAGUGUUUCGCCCAGUGGGAUGGCGGUGGCCAGCUGCUCUUGGGAUCAGAACGUCCGGAUCUGGGUCUAAAAGGACAUCGAGUUUUUUCUAUUCUCGAAAGACGACGAAAGAUCUCCAGUACUUCGGAUAUUUUUAUUCUAUUUUAUUUCUGAGCUCUCCGUGCCAUUAAUAUUUAUCAAAUAACUACGUAACACGUCCGUAAUGGAGAACAAUGAAACCGGACUGACAGUUGACAAGUGGAGGUUGAAAAUGAUCCACGAAACCGAAUGAAUAAAAAUCGAAGAAAAUCGUGUAAGCUCCAUGCGAAUACGAACCGAAGAGUGGAUAGGAAUAAAAAUCGAUGAAAAUUAGAGCAUAAAAUUGACUAAAAAGUAAAAACAAUGGCGUUGAAUUAAAAUUAGAUAAUAUAAAUUGUACGAGAUUGCUACCGAAGGAUCUUACUACAUUUUGUAAUAAAAAAAUCCGUAGAUCUGUGAUUAAUGCAA